CAUGUCUCGUUUAGAAGCUAAGAAGCCAUCAUUGUGUGAAAGCGAACCGCUGACAAGCGAGAGAGUCAGGGCCGCACUUUCUGUCUUGAAAGGCAUCGUCACAUCAUGCUACGGCCCCUCCGGGAGGCUGAAGCAGCUGCACAAUGGCCUUGGAGGUUACGUGAGGACAACUUCACAGUCCUGGGCCCUGCUCAGCAAUCUCUCAGUCACUCACCCUGUAUUAAAGAUACUGACAGCCUCUGUGCAGAAUCAGGCGGCGUGCUUCGGCGACUGCGGCUUAUUCACAGCCAUUCUCUGCUGCAACCUGAUUGAAAAUGUUCAGAGGCUAGCCUUGACCCCCGCCGCUGUCAUUAGGUUAAAUAAGCAUCUCUUGAGUCUCUGCACUGAUUACCUCAAGUCAGAGGCCUGUGGUUGCCGGAUCCCAGUGGACUUCAGUAGUAGUCGGAUCCUCCUUUGUUUGGUGCGCAGUAUACUAACAAGUAAACCCGCCUGUAUGCUCACCAGAAACGAGAUAGAUCACAUCAGUGCUUUGAUCCUCAGAGCCUUUUUGCUUACCAUUCCAGAACACACCGAAGAGCACAUCAUUUUAGGAAAGACCAUGAUUGUACCUUUGAAAGGUCAAAGAGUAAAGGAUUCUGUUGUAUUACCUGGAAUACUCAUUGAAAUGUCAGAAAUUCAGUUUGCAAGACUAUUGCCUUUCAAAAAAGCCGACGUCCUAAAGGUGGCUCUUUUUGGCAUGUCCUUAUCUGGAGACUUUUCUGACACUGGAGAAGGAACUGUGAUGGUCAGUCGCGGGGUUUCUCUUGAAAAUGCAGUCCUGGACCAGCUGCUUAGGCUAGGAAGGCAGCUAGUAAGUGACCACGUGGAUCUUGUCCUGUGCCAGAAAGUCAUUCACCCGUCUCUGAAACAGUUCCUCAGUACACACCGCGUCAUUGCCAUAGACAGAGUCGGUGGGACUCUAAUGGAACCCCUGAGCAAAGUGACAGGAACACAGCCUAUUGGUUCCCUAGACUCAGUGUCUCCCAAUAGUUAUGGGAGUGUGAAAAAUGUGUGCCCUGCACAGUUUGGCUUCAAGCACUUUCUUCAUCUUAUUCCCAAUGAAGUAUCUAUCUGCAGCUUGCUUCUCUGCAACAGAAACGACACUGCCUGGGAUGAGCUGAAGCUCACAUGCCAAACAGCACUGCAUGUCUUACAGUCAACAAUCAAGGAACCAUGGGUUUUGUUGGGCGGUGGCUGUACGGAAACUCAUCUGGCUGCAUACAUCAGACACAAAACUCACACCGAGCCAGAAAGCCUUCUCAGUGAUGAAGGAUGUACUCAGACAGACCUGGAACUAAUCGCUGAAGCUUUCUGCAGCGCUCUGGAAUCCCUUGCCGGCUCUUUGGAACAUGAUGGAGGUGAAACUCUCACCGACAUGAAGUAUGGGCACUGUUGGUCAGUUCAGGCAGGUUCUCCCGCUGUUGUCAGCUGGGCAGAUUUGCUUUCACAGUGUGGCUGUGGGUUACACAAUAGCCAGGAAGAACUCAGCUGGUCUUUUUUAAAAAGUACACGUCAUCCUAUUGCACCAGAUACCUGCCUUCCACAAACAGCUACAGAUUCAGCCGGCAGCCUGACCGUGGACUGUUUGACUGCUAAGCUUGGUGGCCUCCAGGUGGCUGUGGAGACAGCUAAUUUGAUUUUGGAUCUUUCGUACAUCAUUGAAGAUAAAAACUGAUAAAAGAGAAUGACGUGUUUAUAUUAUGAAACAAACCCAUUAGGUAUCAAGAAAAGCAGUUAAGUGCAUUUAUUCUAAGUGUGUUUGCAUAUUUGGAUAGAUGAUUCAUAAAAUUCUAGAUAUACUUAUUUAAGGAACAAAAGGAGUAAUUCUGUAAUAGAAAUAUCACAGAAUAAGCAUAUGAAUCAUUGUUAAUAUUAAUAUUGUGCUGAUCUGAGGAAUUCUCAUUGAUUGCUGUGCAUUGUUCUAAAUUUUGGUUAUUGUUAUUUUGACAUCUUUCUAAGAACAUACAGAAAUAAAUUCUUACUCCAUACUCUAGUUGGAUAUACUUAUGAUAUUGUCUAAUUAAUAGUUAUUGUAUAUGUUUAAAAUAAAAUUAGGUUCCAAAGUAUCACAAAGCACCCUGUAUGUAUUGCUCAAUCAAAAGAAGUAUUCAGACUACACCUGUAGUAAAAGUCCACUUUUCUCAGUGCCCUUUUUCUCAGACUAUGAUUAGGAAAUGAUCUAGAACCUGGGUUACCUACAAUUCCUAGUUUGUAUCAAUAGUCCACAUUUUUGUUAUUUUAAGGAAAUGUGUGAUUAGGAAAAAGGGGUUAAGUUCAUAUAAUUAUUAAAAGUGAAACAACUGAGGAAUACCUUCACAUUUAAAUAGGAAGAAGGGAGCUGGUGUUUGCCAGAGUGGUUAGGACACCACUUGGGAUGCCCACAUCCCACAUCAGAGGGCCUGAUUCAAGUCCCUACUCUCCCACAGCCCGGCUUCCUGCUAAUUCACACCCUGGGAGGCAGCAGAUGAUGGCUUAAGUGCUUGGGUCUCUGCUGCCCACAUGAGAGUGCCGAAAUGAGUUCCAUUCUGCACAAAAUCUGUGACAUGAUAAAUUCUAAGUCAAGUUUUGGUUAUUUUGUUGUUGUUGUUGUGCAGCAAUAGAUUCCUAAUAAAGGCAGGAAGAAAGCUGACGUGUGAUUACUUACUGAAAACCUGUUCACACAAGUAGAUAAAAGCAUUCUUGAUGCCUCUGGACUUUCACCAUCACCCCAAAAGGUUUUCUCCAUCACACAUAUUUAUAUAGGUUUUACAAUUGCUGAAGAAAUUGUGUCACACAAGAAUGUGAGAAUUGUUUUGGUUCUCCUUGGUCCUAUAUUGCAUUUUCAAAUUGUUCCAGGAAGGGCUAAUGCAAUUGACUAUACUUUUUACUUUCCAUAACAGCCAUUUUAGCUCUGUCAUUUUUAGCUUUGUCAUAAAAUUUGAUAGAUUCCUUGGUGAAAUAUCAGUGUUCUCAAUUUGAAUGUGUCAUAAAUUUGAUGAAAUAUUUUUAUUAGCUCAUUUGUGUUUCCUGAAGUUGUAUAUAAUCUUUACUACAAAAUGCUGGAAAUGGAAAAAAAAUUAACAGUUCAAGAAAAAUCACCACUCAAACACAGAUGGUAAGACAUGAGAUCAAAAUUCUUGAUGAAAACAAUUUCAGAGGAGCUCAUUUUGGCAACAGUGAGUGACAAGAAAAAAUAGCAACUUAGUUAGGCCUCAGGCACUGUUUUGUGACUAAACUAAGACUGAAGUCUGAAUAUUGCAUUAUGAAGUACCUCAGGAGACAGAACAGGAAACCCUGAUAGCUACAAAAAAAAAAAAAAAAGGAAA